UUUUAAAACAUUGCAAGACAUCACGCUGAAACGUGGAAACAAUCCCUGCCCACUUCCUUCUCUCAGUCUUUGUGACUUUGUCUCAUACCAUUUCGCUUGACACGUGGUGUUGCAGUAAUAAAGUGCAAUGUCAGCUUCAUGGCUUGAUCGGCAACACUCGCCCACAGAUAGAGAAUAGAAAUAGAAAUAUAUAAAAGGAGGAAACAAGGGAAACUAAGCGCGCAGCGAGCGGUUUUGUUCAGUGGCCAAACCCCUAAUCUCAUCUGCAAUUAUUUUGAUUUCGGGUUCAGAUAGAGCGAUGGCUUCACGAACACUCAUUUGUGAGACAGAACCUUGGAGGGACUUAAAGGCCCAUGUUGAGGAUAUCAAGAAGACACAUUUACGUGAUUUGAUGAGUGACUCUGAACGCUGCAAGUCAAUGAUGCUUGAAUUCGAUGGGUUGCUAUUGGACUACUCAAGGCAGUGUGCCACUCAGGAGACCAUGGAGAAGCUCUUCAGACUUGCAGAGGCAGCACAUCUCAAGCAAAAGAUUAAUAGCAUGUACGGUGGAGAGCAUAUAAACAGCACUGAGAAUAGAUCUGUCCUUCAUGUAGCUCUACGUGCUUCAAAGGAUAAAGUAAUAUACAGUGAUGGGAAGAAUGUGGUUCCUGAUGUUUGGAAAGUCUUGGACAAGAUCAGCGAUUUCUCUGAAAGAGUCCGAAGUGGCUCCUGGGCUGGAGUUACAGGAAAACCAUUGAAGGAUGUUGUUGCUGUUGGUAUUGGUGGAAGCUUCUUGGGUCCUCUAUUUGUUCACACUGCUCUUCAAACAGACCCAGAAGCUAUACAAUGUUCAAAAGGACGUCAGUUGCGAUUUCUUGCAAAUGCUGAUCCAAUUGAUGUUGCCAAAAGUAUCACAGGGUUGAAUCCUGAAACCACAUUAGUUGUGGUGGUUUCAAAGACUUUUACAACAGCUGAAACCAUGUUGAAUGCCCGAACACUGAGGGAGUGGAUUUCAGCUGCCCUUGGACCUCAAGCAGUUGCAAAGCAUAUGGUGGCUGUCAGUACAAACCUUACGCUUGUUGAGAAGUUCGGAAUAGACCCUAACAAUGCUUUUGCCUUCUGGGACUGGGUUGGAGGCCGAUAUAGUGUUUGCAGUGCUGUUGGUGUGCUGCCUUUGUCUCUCCAAUAUGGGUUCUCAGUUGUUGAGAAGUUUCUAAAAGGAGCUUCAAGCAUCGAUCAACAUUUCCAUUCAGCACCAUUUGAGAAAAACAUACCUGUGCUAUUAGGUUUGUUGAGUGUUUGGAAUGUUUCGUUUCUUGGAUAUCCUGCAAGAGCAAUCUUACCAUAUUCUCAAGCCCUAGAGAAAUUUGCACCACAUAUUCAACAGGUUAGCAUGGAGAGUAAUGGGAAGGGUGUAUCAAUUGAUGGAGUGCACCUUCCAUAUGAGGCAGGUGAAAUUGAUUUUGGUGAGCCAGGAACAAAUGGUCAGCAUAGCUUUUACCAGCUAAUUCAUCAGGGACGGGUUAUUCCUUGUGAUUUCAUUGGUGUUGUGAAGAGUCAACAACCUGUCUACUUGAAAGGGGAGCUGGUGAGUAAUCAUGAUGAGCUCAUGUCUAACUUUUUUGCACAACCAGAUGCCCUUGCAUAUGGGAAGACCCCAGAGCAGUUAUUAAAUGAGAACGUGCCUCAACAUCUUAUUCCUCACAAGACUUUCUCUGGCAACCGGCCAUCCCUGAGCCUUUUACUUCCCUCUUUGAAUGCUUAUAAUAUUGGACAGCUAUUAGCAAUCUAUGAACACAGAAUUGCUGUGGAGGGUUUUAUAUGGGGGAUCAAUUCAUUCGACCAGUGGGGGGUGGAGUUGGGCAAGUCACUUGCUUCUCAAGUUAGAAAGCAACUUAAUGCAUCUCGUAUAAAAGGAGAGCCGGUUGAAGGCUUUAAUUUCAGCACCACGAAGAUGCUAAACAAAUAUCUAGAGGCGAAAUCACGAGUUCUUGCUCAUCCAUCUACUAUUCUACCAAAGAUGUAGUAGAUGUUGGUCGAGUUCAAUAAGGCUUAUACUUCAAUCCCGUGGAGCAUCUACAGAUUUUGGGAAUCGUGAUAAUACACUUGUAUAUUUGGAGAUCCAGAUACUGUCAUUCGGGAUAUCAAAACCUACAGGUUGAGUUUUGGAGCUGACUGGCUUUGGCGUGGUUAAUAAAAUCAGAAGAAAAUAAAAAAAAAGAAGGAAACUGGUGCUAUCAAUGAGUUCAACUUUGAAAUAAUUUUUGGCUAAAUUAAAGUCAUUUCAGGAUUUGCAGAUGUUUACAUUUUCCAUGGGCCUGCCAGCCCAAUAAAACUUAUUCUUGAUCGGGGUUAGAGUGGGGUUCGGUUGAGGCUGACUCGAUCAAAUCUGUAAUGAUAUUAAGGGUUUGUUUGGUUUGCAGUUGGAAUUUGAAUCAAAAUCUCUCUGAAUUGUAUUCA